CCUUGACCCCAAAUGAUAACAUCCAAACGCCCUGAAUAUUUCGGAAAACUCUUCAUAAUUUAUGGGAAAAAUAGCAUCAAUUCGUGAAAUCAUCCCCAAGGAAGAACUUCUGAAAACGGGGGUUCUUAAGAGGCUUUAAUAACCGCCGUGAAGAUGGCGUGUCAGGUUCGUGUUCUGACUAUCAAUAAGGGCGAGAAGAAUGACACAACCCUUUAUCGGCUCGAGAAAGGGUGGUGCCUACGUUUUGCCGUCGGCCCAACCCUCCAGGAUCAGACGGUACGGGUCUUCUGCACCCAGCCUCAAGCUCCAAAUGUUGCCUUCAACAAUAUGAAAUACUAUGAAAUAACCUGGACAAAGUUGGGGACGUCUGCCCACGACACCUAUGAUGACUAUGCCGAACUCAAAAUCACCAUGGCCGGCUCGUUUUCUUACUUCUUCACGAUUGACGGCAGUGACUUCGCAGAGAAUGCAAACGGGAGUGGUUACUUCUUGGUGGACCCCGGUCUCGUCCACGGACCCGAGGAUGAACCGCUGCCUCUCGAUUGCAUCCAGUGCCAAUCGGUCAUCUCAAAGCUUCUCGGUCCUUUACCCGACUGGGAAAAAACGCUCCUGGUCACGAAAGAGACUGGUUAUAACAUGAUCCACUUUACUCCACUACAAGAACUGGGCUACUCAAAGUCUGCUUACUCUCUAAAGGAGCAACACAAGUUGAAUUCAAGUUUCAAUUCAGAUUCGAAAGUUUACGAUUUUAAUGACCUGGAAGUUUUAGUGAAGAAAAUGGCGAAAGAAUGGGGUGUGUUAUCCAUGACAGACCUUGUAUUAAAUCAUACAGCUAACAAUAGUGACUGGGUACAUGAACAUCCAGAAUGCACCUAUAAUAUCGUGAAUUCACCGCAUUUACGACCGGCGUAUGUGUUCGAUAGAAUUCUGUGGCACUUCAGCGCGGAGAUUGCAGAGGGGAAGUGGACAUCACAUGGCAUACCACCCGAAAUUAACUGUGAAGAUCACUUGAAUGCCAUUCACCAUGUUUUACUAGAUAAAGUCAUCCCUCGGUUCAGACUCCAUGAAUAUUAUCUCCUUCAUUUAGAUGAGGUGGAAGAGAAAUUCAAACAAUUAAUCACAGCUGGUAGACCACCCUCAGAGCCCGUAGAAGUCACUCAACCAUUAGAGAUACAAAUUGACCCAGAAUAUAGACGUCUCAAAUGUACCAUUGAUUUUGAUCUAGCUGUAAAGAUAUUCAAUACAGUAGGGCCUGAUUGGGAAUCGGAGGAAGCCCGCGUGACACGAUGCUGUGUAGCAUUCCGCGAAUGUCUGGAUCAUCUCAACGGCGGCCGAUACGACAAGCUGACUGUCCACAUGCAUGCUGCUGUCAAGAACGUCGUAGCCAAUGCCCGUUAUCGCUUUCUGGCGUGUCAUGGCCCAAGGCUGGGCACGGUGACUAAGGAGGAACCAAUUAUGUGGAAAUACUUCCUGCAUCCUGUUGACGAGGACAGCACGGUCGAAGAGGAGGAGGAACUCAUGUCAGACCCGGCUAUCGGCUCCCAUCGCAUGGCACACAACGGAUGGGUCAUGGACGAUGACCCACUGAGGAACUUUGCCGAACCAGUCAAACAGACAGAUGCCUUGAAAGGCUCCAACAUCUACUUAAGGAGAGAACUCAUCGUGUGGGGUGACAGCGUCAAGCUGAGAUUUGGUCAGAAGCCAGAGGAUUGCCCUUUCUUGUGGGAGUAUAUGAAGGAGUAUGCUACAACUACCGCUAGGAUCUUUCAUGGUGUCCGGCUGGACAACUGCCACAGUACCCCACUUCAUGUGGCUGAGUUCAUGCUGUCAGCGGCUCGUGAAGUGCGACCAGAUCUCUAUGUCAUCGCUGAACUCUUCACGAAGAGUGAAGAUACAGAUAAUAUAUUCAUCAACCGCCUUGGCAUCAAUUCUCUCAUCCGAGAGGCGAUGAGUGCUGGUGACUCACACGAAGAAGGGCGUCUUGUGUUUAGAUAUGGCGGUCGCCCGGUCGGCUCCUUCAUAAAGCCACCUGUAAGACCACUCAUGAAGUCAUUAGCACAUGCCCUCUUCUUUGAUCAGACUCAUGAUAACCAAAGUCCUGUUGAGGUUCGUUCCGUGUAUGACCUGUUUCCAAGUGCUGCCAUUGUAUCGAUGGCCAGUUGUGCCACUGGCAGUAAUCGAGGAUAUGAUGAGUUGGUGCCUAAUCAUAUUCACGUGGUCAGUGAGAAGAGAUGUUAUAAAACCUGGACUGAACAGACUAAUCCCGAGAAUGUCGGAGUGAAUAUCAGAAGCGGCAUCAUCGCAGGCAAGAAGGCACUCAACCGGCUGCAUUACGAGAUGGGCAUGACAGGAUUCACUCAGGUGUAUGUUGAUCAGGUGGACACAAACAUUGUCGCUGUGACACGACACAACCCGGUCAGCCACAUGUCAGUCAUCUGUGUGGCGAGGACAUCGUUUGGACAUCCUCACAACAUGGAGACCGGCUUCGUGCCUCCGCUCUGUGUUCCUGGCACUGUCAAUGAGAUCAUCCUGGAAGGCUCCUUGAAGCAGAAGGCACAGAAUGAGUUCAUAAAGGACCUGAAGUACAUCAACGGGUUGACCGACUACGUUCUGAGCAUCAGGGAGAAUGUCAAGGUCUAUGAGAGUGAGAUGGUCGAACUUCGCGACACAGACACCGACAUCGAGGAACUGGAAUUCGUCAAUUUUCCACCGGGAAGUGUGUUGGUCAUCCGAGUAUCCCUAAACAGUCAAUCCAAGAAUGCCAUCCUGGCCCUGCGCAGCUGCCUGACCCAGUUUGGGUAUCGCAUGCGCUCGUACAGCGGUAGGAAGCUGGAGCGAUGCGACAGCACAAACUUCAAAGGCAUUCUGUCGCAUCUGUCGCUAAACGACUUCAAUCGCAUGCUGUAUCGCUGCGAUGGUGAAGAGAGGGAUGAUGGGAAGGGUUAUGGCAUGUAUAACAUACCCAACUAUGGCGAUUUGAAGUAUUGUGGAUUGCAAGGCUUCAUGACAGUGAUGGGUAAGAUAAGCUCUGAUGAUGAUCUUGGCCAUCCCAUGAGUGAUAAUCUCCGCAACGGAGACUGGAUGUGUGACUACAUCUCAUCUAGAUUGACCAAGCACCCCACAACUAAAGAGCUUGGCAGGUGGUUUGAGUCGACGUUUGCACAUCUGAAGGAGAUCCCACGUUACAUGAUCCCUUGUUACUUUGAGGCAGUGAUGGAGGGGGCACUAGCGAUAGCAGAGGAGACGGCUCUAGGAAUGAUGUCUGAAUUUGUGCGCACUGGUUCUUCGUUCGUACGAGCCCUAGCCAUAGCGAGUCUACAGUUUGUGAGCGUAGUGAAAACAGCAGCGCUGCCCCGACUCUCAACAAACCUAGCCACACCUUUACCAAACAUGAUUGUCAAUACUGACAAUGGCAAGAGGGAGCAGGCUUGUGUGACUAUUUCAGCGGGCUUGCCUCACUUUUCCCAAGGUGUGAUGCGAUGCUGGGGUCGAGACACAUUUAUCUCAAUGAGGGGGAUUCUCUUAUUGGAGGGGAGGUACCAAGAGGCCAGGUACAUCAUCCUGGCGUUCGGUGCAUGUCUCCGCCACGGUCUCAUACCAAACCUUCUCGGUGCCGGAUCCCAUGCCCGCUUCAACUGCCGGGACGCCGUCUGGUGGUGGUUACACAGUAUACAGGACUACUGCUGCAUGGUACCAGACGGUGCGAACAUCUUGAAGGACUGGGUCUCCAGGAUUUACCCGACGGAUGAAUCAUCUGCUCAGCCGGCGGGAUUCUGUGAUCAGCCUCUUCAUGAUGUGAUGCAGGAGGCUCUGAACCAGCACUACCAGGGCCUACAGUACAGGGAGAGGUUUGCUGGUCACGCUAUUGACAGGGAUAUGUCCCAUCAAGGUUUCAAUAGUGAAAUUGGUGUCAGCGAAGAGACAGGCUUUGUGUUUGGUGGAAAUGAACACAACUGUGGCACCUGGAUGGACAAGAUGGGCAGCUCAGAGAAAGCAGGCAACAAAGGCAAACCGGCCACACCAAGGGAUGGAUCAGCUGUUGAACUGGUUGGCCUGUGUAAGUCAGCAGUGACCUGGUUAGAUGGAUUACACAAGCAAGGACAUUAUCCCUACAAAGGGGUGGAAAAAACAGUUGAUGGUGAAACUGUCAAGAUGACGUUCGGUGAAUGGAGUGAGAAAAUCAAACAGAAUUUUGAGAAACAUUUCUGGAUUAACAUAUGUACUGACCCCGACGAGCCACGGCCUGACUUGAUCAACAGGAGAGGCAUCUACAAGGAUUCGGUCCGAGCCACACAGGUCUGGAGCGACUAUCAGCUCAGGUGUAACGCCCCGAUUACCAUGGUGGUGGCACCAGAGAUAUUCACCCCUGAGAAUGCAUGGGCAGCCCUGGAGAAUACUCAGAAGUAUCUGCUUGGUCCACUCGGGAUGAAGACCCUCGAUCCAAAGGACUGGGCGUAUCGAGGAGAUUAUAACAACUCUGACGACUCUCACAACUUCAAUACAGCUAAAGGCUUCAACUACCAUCAAGGACCGGAAUGGUUGUGGCCUGUUGGUUACUUCCUACGGGCCAAACUAAUCUUUGCCAAGAAGCUUGAGUCGUCUCGGCCAGGUAUCCUGUGUGAUACCGUCAAGUUUGUGCGGGGAUACCUGUCACGUCAUCAUCAGUACAUACUGGAGUCUGAGUGGCGGUCAUUGCCUGAAUUGACCAACAGUGAUGGGAAGGCGUGCUUCGACAGCUGUGCUGCCCAGGCCUGGUCCGUUGGUUGUAUUCUUGAGGUGCUCUACGCCCUGCAGCAGAUCUGACCGUUGGCACAAAUCAAGAGGAGCAGGAGAUCUAGUCUUAACUCGGAGCUUUACUGAACAAACGGCAAGUAGUCUGGAACACAGCACGGAGGCCAAGCAGUGUAUUGUUCAAUUGUUCAGUUAUAUUAGACAUUUUAGGCAGUUGCCAAAACUAGUAUGGUGCUUCAGGCUGUUCCUUUUUCUUCCCCGUUUCACGUGCGGUGCUUAGUGAAGCUACAACUGUUAUAUUGUCGGCCUCUUUAUAAUGAUAUGCAGAAUUUCUAUGAAUCAAGUGCAGUGCUAUCUUACUGUACACCAAACAUGUUGUCCUGGAUGGCAGAUUGAUAAGUACUGUGCCCUUAUAGGAUUGACACAACUUGCUUUCAUCACCUUUACAUUCUUCCCAUUCAAAGGAAAGUGAAAAUCAUAUUGCUUGACAGUAUGGAAACCAUGUAAAGCUGCAGCACUCAAUAAGCCAGCCUUUCAAUUCGGGCACUAGACCAGCAUGCUUUAGCUGACCAAUACUUCACCAUACCUUAGGGGACGGGCACUAGACCAGCAUGCUUUAGCUGACCAAUACUUCACCAUACCUUAGGGGACGGGCACUAGACCAGCAUGCUUUAGCUGACCAAUACUUCACCAUACCUUAGGGGACGGGCACUAGACCAGCAUGCUUUAGCUGACCAAUACUUCACCAUACCUUAGGGGACGGGCACUAGACCAGCAUGCUUUAGCUGACCAAUACUUCACCAUACCUUAGGGGACGGGCACUAGACCAGCAUGCUUUAGCUGACCAAUACUUCACCAUACCUUAGGGGACGGGCACUAGACCAGCAUGCUUUAGCUGACCAAUACUUCACCAUACCUUAGGGGACGGGCACUAGACCAGCAUGCUUUAGCUGACCAAUACUUCACCAUACCUUAGGGGACGGGCACUAGACCAGCAUGCUUUAGCUGACCAAUACUUCACCAUACCUUAGGGGACGGGCACUAGACCAGCAUGCUUUAGCUGACCAAUACUUCACCAUACCUUAGGGGACGGGCACUAGACCAGCAUGCUUUAGCUGACCAAUACUUCACCAUACCUUAGGGGAGAUAGUUUAUUAGAGCUUUUGUUCAUUGGGUAGGGAAUCUCAACAGUCAGACAACUGGUAUAAAAACUACCUCAGUAUGAAGGGAUAUGAUUCCCACAUCAAACUGGGUCCAGCCUCAAUUGAGAAGUUUCUGUUUGGUUAUUUCAGUAUUAUUUAGUAGACAAUCAGUAUCGUCUGAAAGCAAACACCAUUCCUGACCCUGCCUGUUUGCGAUGUUACUUGAAGUUAAUUUAUUUAUUAUAUAAACUGUAACAUGUAUAAUAUUGGUAACCUAUGGUGUGGAGUCUUUCAUUAAUCCACUAGGUAAAACUAGAAUAGUACAGCUGUUACAAAACAAGUGCACUACCUUAUCUGUUAAUCACGUUUAUUCAUGCGGCCCUAAUUGCAGGACUUGGAAUGGGAAGAACUGACAUGACUGAGCCCUAAUGGCAGGACUUGGAAUGGGAAGAACUGACAUGACUGAGCCCUAAUUGCAGGACUUGGAAUGGGAAGAACUGACAUGACUGAGCCCUAAUGGCAGGACUUGGAAUGGGAAGAACUGACAUGACUGAGCCCUAAUUGCAGGACUUGGAAUGGGAAGAACUGACAUGACUGAGCCCUAAUUGCAGGACUUGGAAUGGGAAGAACUGACAUGACUGAGCCCUAAUGGCAGGACUUGGAAUGGGAAGAACUGACAUGACUGAGCCCUAAUUGCAGGACUUGGAAUGGGAAGAACUGACAUGACUGAGCCCUAAUUGCAGGACUUGGAAUGGGAAGAUCGGACAUGACUGAGCUGGUCGACUGAGCAUGCUGCUUUGCUGUGCGAACCUGGUUUUGUUCGCGAAGCCAAAAGUUUGCAAAUUUGUUCAUUUUUCUUUUGGCAUGGACUCAAUUCUGUGUUUGCUACCAAAAUUUAAAUGGUUAAUGCAUGGAGUUGAUGAUUUCUCGAGAUUCAUGUUCAUGUUUGCCUCACAGACCUCAAAAAAUUAAAUGGUGACAAUUAUCACCCGGUCUACAGUGAACCCUUUGGGUUUUACUUUCAAAUAGGCAAUCUCAAUUAUUAGGAUUGAACUGUGCAACUUGAUAGACGCGAAUUCUGUGCUUAAUGAUGUGAUAUGUAAAUAGGUUACGAUGCCAUUUGUCGGGUGAAUAUGGUUAAAUAUCAUGUGAUUGUUAGAUGCCUUUUAGAAUCGAUUAUAUAUGUAUUGUUAUUGCCCAACUAAAACCAGAACUUGAGUACAGAGAGCGUACAAUGACACCGGAAGGCAAGCAUGUCACCUAUGACAGCCAAUGAUAAUGUUACUUAGGGGCCAGACAACUGAUGGACUUGUCACGCUCCAUCGGUCAGUGAUGUCACAGCUUGGUGGUGUUGAUGUCGUUGCUGCCAUGGCCUCAAGUUUGUCAUCCAGUGUGACCGUGUUGACAGCAGUUACUUACCACUUGCAGUCGUCUUCAAAUUAACCUGGCACCGGCUUCUUUCGAGAGUGUAUAUUUGAGGGAGCUAGGAAGUCAAUGAGUAGCUUUAGCUCACAAUAUCGUUGACAGAUGAAGUCAUUUAAGUUACCGCUUUGGGAAUCAGUCGAGGUCAAAUUAAUUUGAAAUGAGGACACAUUAGCCAUUGUUUUGUUUGAAGUUUGUGCGAAAAUGUCUGUACAGAUUCAUUGUUGAGUUGACUUGUGUGUGAGAUAAAUUUUGUUUACUAAUGUUAAUCUUUGUAUAGUUUUGCUAAGUUCUUAUCAAUGAAUGAAUACUUAAUAAUGUUAUUCUAAUGACACCAGUAGAAGGUCUGGUUGUGAAUAUUCUAUAGCAGUUGAGAGGGGUCCGUGUUCCUGUAACAAAUACUUAGGGAGGAAAGAAGGUUUCCAAUAAAAAGCACUCAGGUGGAUCAUUGUAUCUAAAUGAGAGUGGUGUGUAUCUACAAUUCGCUGCAAGACCUUGUGGAGUACGGUGCGUUGAGAUAUUUACAGCUGUACUAUAAUAGUGAGUGAUUGGUUUACAUCGCCUGCUUCAUGAGUGCCAUCCAUUUGGCAUCAUGUGCACAUCCUCUUGACAGUAGACUGAUGUCAUGGAGACCGAAACACAUGUAGAAAUACGUGUAUGGUCAUCCUUCCUAUACAUGAACCAUUACUGUUGUCAUAGAACUUUGUGUCUAGGACUAGGAGUAGUAUGCCAUAGGGCAGAUCGAUCUGACCAGGUACUUGGCUGACCUCUUGUCACUAAACUCUACAAAGAGUUAUGUUACACAGCCCUGGGCAGCAUUGGUUAAGCCCACCCUAAGGAACACUGAAAGAGCAUUGGUUAAGCCCAUCCUAAGGAACACUGUGAAAGAGCAUUGGUUAAGCCCACCCUAAGCAACACUGUGAAAGAGCAUUGGUGAAGCCCACCUAAGGAUCUUGUGCAACACCAUUUUAUUUUGGUAAAAGGGAUCUGGUCACAUUCCUGAGUUCAACUAACUACCUUUGGCCAGAACGAUAUGAAAACACAAUAGUCCAUGUUUAGACUUUGAAUUUUGGGCAGUGAGGACACUUGUUAUUGAUAUAACUGAGCACCUUAAUAUCAGUGCCAUGAAACAUGAUGCUUGUGUUGUUCAGUUUCAUUGUAUUUAUUAUUGUUUUCUUGUGAAAAUGGCUGCACCAUGAACGUUCGCUUUCUAGAAGGAGUAAAAAACCGACUGUUUGCACCAUGAACGUUCGCUUUCUAGAAGGAGUAAAAAACCGACUGUUUAAUUUGAACAACCAGCUGGCUUUACAAGCUUGUCAAUUGAAAUGAUAGUUUAUUUGUUUCAGUUGGAAAGAUGGAAGGCAUGUCAGAUUCUGUGCAGGUUGGGACACUGAUUCUGCAAGAUAAAGCUAUGAAAUGUAGUGGAGAACCAAUCCUAGCUUUGUCUGUCGACCAAUCUAUGUGUCCUCAACUGGGUGAUCUUGUUCCUUUUGUGAAAGAUUUGCUUAUUUUCAUCAUUGAUGUUUUAACAAAUACUUUGGAAACUCUUCUGUUUAGGACUGUUGUUUUGUCAUGCUGUCUAUUUCUUUCCCCUGUAAAAUCCCAAUAAACACUCCCUGCUACAGUUAUGCAACUGA